CCUGGGGGCGGGGCCCGCGCGGCUUCCGCUAGAGCCCGGGCCCGGAAUCUAAUCCCUGAGGUGUAGGGUCGCGGAGCUAGCGGUGCUGGAGCGCCCGCAGCCCCUGGCAUCCCGCUGCAGCUCACGGCCGCGUUGACGUCUCCUGUGCCUGUUUCUAUUUUCAAGUCCAGCCCUUACAGGAUACUGAAACCCGCCUUCCCUGUUCCCCACAGCCCAUUUCCAGCUGCGACUUACUGCAGUCUGAGCCCAUUUACCUCCCCGUCCGGCCUUGCGGGGUCAGGGAAAGGCCGGGAGAGGUUCUUGCCCUGCUGUCGAGCCUCCCCUUUCCACUCUACCCCGACCAUGGCCCAGAAGCCGAAGGUGGACCCCCACGUCGGGCGGCUUGGGUACCUGCAGGCUCUGGUCACGGAGUUCCAGGAGACAGAGAGCCAAGACGCCAAGGAGCAAGUCCUCGCCAACCUUGCCAACUUCGCCUAUGACCCCAAUAACUACCAAUAUCUGCGGCAGCUACAAGUCCUGGAUUUAUUCCUCGAUUCGCUGUCGGAAGAGAAUGAGAGCCUGGUGGAAUUUGCUAUUGCCCCCCUUUGGACACCUAAGUUGAGAAGGACCUCUACAGUAUGGAAAUAAACUCAUUUUGGUGCUGGGGGGAACCCAGAUUUUUCCACAUGCUAAACACAUGCUCUGCUUCUGAGCUACACCCCCAGUCCAAGGCUCAAACUCAUAAAUAUGACUGUCCAGCAUAAAGGGUAGUAGUAAUAGGGUCUCUUUCAUUACUUUAAAUGACUUAUCCCAGGGAGGGAUUAGUAGUAACAAAAAAGCCAGGGGUAGAACACUGAAACAAUGUCAAAAAGAUGACACAGGACACAGCGUUUCAAAAUGUGGAUAGUUUACUUGAAGCAACAGUCCAGGGGUGUGAAGUACAACACACAUUUUAAGGAUGAGACUUUCGUUUCAUGGUCAAGCACCAGCAUCAUGCACACAGCAUCGGGUUACUGAGGAAGAACAGCGCCCCUGAGGGAUCUGCUUCUGCACAAGCCCCACCUCUGUGUGGCCGCCCUUGCUUGCUUCACUGCCUUUCACCAAGGGUGGGUCUCUGAGCCAGGGCAGCAGGCUCUGCUCAUCAGCCAGCUGACCUCCUAAGGUGAAAAGGCAGCUUCUUUGCUUUGUAGACAGCAAGGUGCGGCCUCUUUAUGGUUCUGUUAUGGCACAGGAGCACUGAGCAAAGGGCAUGGAUGGGAUAGGACAAUGACAAGAGGUGCUGCACGACAGCCUGGAGCAGGGGCUGACAAGACGGUGCCUGUGGACUACUGACAUCCUACUGACAUCGGGCCGAGCACUCGAGAAACCUCAGUACAAAUGAGCCUCUAACACAUCGGAACCAGUCAUUUGUUCUGACAACACAGUACUAAGUGUCACAAAGCCUUUCCUCCAGUCUACUACUAGAAAAACACUCAUGCCAUGGCCCACAGACCCAGGAGUCAGACAGAAAGUGAAACCUGUUUUUCAAAAAGGAAGGGAAAAAAAAA